AUGAAUGAAGAAAAGCACUUUUCUUCCUCGUUUCGUUAUGCUUUAAUAUUUUUUCGUGUGCGCCUGAUAAUUUGCGGUGGCAAUAAAGAAAAUGAGUUUAUUUUCCCGUUGAUUCUCGUGAGACCCCGCAUUUCAAGUUGUUGGUUAUUUAUGGCGUUUAGUUUACAGAAAGCAAUGCAAUUAGUUUGUGGAGUUUUAUAUGGGAAACUAUUUCGUAACAAAUCAAGUAAGGCGGAAUCGGAGAAUUUCAUGGCUGGGAUUUUAUUUGUAUUAAACUUUUGA